UUUGAGAGGUACCGGCGUUCGGGUUGGACGUGCGACGCUCUUCCUCAAUUCACAAAUUUACGAAGAUGAGUGCUACCGAGGAGAAGACUGAGCUUGGAAAUGGCAAAGCCGAGACACCAGAAGUGAAAGGGAAGAAGCGGGCUGCAGAGGAUGAAGUUGAAGCCAAAAAACUCAAGACCGUGAACGGUGACGAAGAGGAUUUGGGAGAGGAGGAGGAGAACCUGGAUGGAGAGGAUGAGGAGGAGCUUGGCGAAGAGGAUGUGGACGGGGAGGAAGAUGAGGAGGAUGUAGAGGGAGAGGAGGGAGAAGAUGAAGACGGAGAAGAGGAAGAGGAUGGGGGCGAAGAGGAAGAGGAGGAUGCGUAAUGUGAACACUUCAUCGCGUGAACAGACUAUUCCUGCCAAAGCCGUCUGGGCCCGGGCUUGAAUCGUGGCAGAGACGGCGCCUGCAUGAACAAUUGGAUGUGACACGCUGGCUUGGGGACGUCUGUAAAGUCUGGGCGCCCCUGGGGCCCAGGGAGAACCAAUUGUGUCCAUUAGCAAACUGAAGACGAGAUCACAAAGCGUUUUUCACCCCUCGUCUGAGUUCUCAUCUGUGUAAUGUAAGUUAUUCCUUCUCAACGUGUACAAGGGGUAUGGUGCGGUGUGUGAGACCAGGUCUUGUGUGCGAAUGAUAGAACAAAGACCGUCAUGUAUCGCAUGACCUUAACGCAUAAACAUCGAUCGACUCCAGUCACACCCCAGACUGUUUGUCAUUAAAGGCAAUAGGUUUACAAUGUAGCUCAUAUUUUACAUUUGCCCUGACUGGUCAUAUUUGAGCAGGUGAUCCGCCGGCAUUGAGAAGAAGACAACAUGUCAUGAUCCUGGCACGUAGGCGACCCAUCAUUUUACGUGUGUCUAAUGGCAAACAUAUUUGGUAGCGCGAGCGGUGUGGCUUCCCUUCUCUCCGUCACUGACCAUUGCAUUGCGAGCAUGCGGACGUUGCAGUGGAUCUCCGUUGUGGUAUGAAGUGACGAGCAAAAGGACGAGGCUGUUUUGUAAUAAAAUAUUGAAAAACU